AUGUCUUAUCAAGGAUAUGGCCAGUCCUACGGCCAACCGCCGCCUCCCCCUCCCCAGGGCUACGGCCAGUACCCUCCUCCCCAAGGCCAAUAUCCUCCUCCCCAACAGGGCCAAUACCCGCCUCAACAGGGACAGUAUCCUCCUCAGCAUAGAGGGCAAUACGGCCAGUAUCCUCCCCCUCAGCCUCCACAGGGAGGUUAUUACCAGACUCCGCCGCCGCAGGGGCAGUAUCCUCCUCAGCAAGCGCCCUACGGCCAGCCGCCGCCUCAGCCAUAUGGAGCUUCUCCCCAGCCGCCGCCUCAGCCCUACGGAGCGCCUCCCCCAGGCCAAUACGGAGCGCCUCCACCACAGCCUGGAGGGCAAUAUGGCGCUCCUCCUCCAGCGCCGCAUGCCCAGGUACCGCCUACGCCACCCUCUCCUGGCUAUGGCCCGCCGCAGCUCAUCCAGUAUGACGGCACCGCAGACGCCGAUGCUUUGCGCCGCGCCAUGAAAGGAUUCGGGACGGACGAGAAGGCCCUGGUCAAUGUUUUGGCCCGAAAAGACCCCCUGCAGAUCGAGGUGAUAAGGACAACCUACCAGCGCAGGCACAAGCGCAAUCUGGUAGCCGACAUCGAGUCGGAGACUAGGAGUUGGUUCGAAUAUGGCCUCGUGCAGCUUGCCCGUGGCCCUCUGCUGUCCGACAUUCACAAUCUCUACAAGGCCAUGUCUGGGCCGGGGACCAAGGAGAUUGUCAUGAACGACAUCCUUCUGUCAAGGUCCAACGCGGACCUGAAAGCCAUCAAGAGCGCGUAUCAGCAGACAUUCCGUCGAAGCUUGGAGAGCGAUGUGAAGGGCGAACUGAGCCUCAAGACGGAGAGGCAUUUCUUGAUAGUUCUCAAUGCGAACAGGGCCGAGGACCUGGCUCCGGUUAACCCGCAGCAGGUGGAAGAGGACGUCAUGAGCAUCUACAGGUCGACAGAGGGCAAGCUGGGGACCGACGAGAUUUUGGUCUGCAGCAUCCUGAGCACCCGAAACGACAACCAGAUCCGAGCCAUCGCCCACCUCUACAAGCAAAAAUUCAACCGUGACUUGGACAGCGUGAUUUCAAGCGAAUUCUCUGGCCAUAUGAAAGACGCUCUGCUGUUCCAACUUCGACACGCCGUCGACAGGUACAUGCACGCCGCCCAACUCCUCGAGGAUUCCAUGGCCGGCCUGGGCACCAAAGACCAUCUGCUCGUUUCGCGAGUAGUCCGCUUCCACUGGGACAGAAAUGAACUUGCCAACAUCAAGGGCGCUUACCAGCAUCGAUACAGAAAGAGUUUGGCCAGCCGCAUCAGGGGAGAGACAUCUGGCGAUUACCAGAUGCUCAUGCUUGCCUGCGUUGGAGAGUAA